GGUCACCGGUUUGAGGUUAUGCAUAUUUUUGUUUAUUGAUGGUUUUAUCAGUUUCAUUUUUUAAAUUAAAUAAAAUUAGCAAACUGAAAAAUGUUAACUAAAGACUAUUAUAAUACAGUUUUAUCACAAGCAAUUAGCCCAUGUGAAAACUACCUUGUUGCAGGAGAUAUAUAUGGUUCUUUGUCAAUAUUCCAUUUAUCGAAAAUUACAAAUCCUGAAGCAGCUUUGAGCAAAGAAGACCUAACACCACGCUAUAAAAUUCAAGUUAAAAAUGGUUUCAAUCAAAUAAAUAGCUUACUUACUACACAAUCCCAUUUACUUGUUGGAAUUGUUGGGGAAAUAUUAGCCUAUAGUUGGAAGUCAAUCAAAAACACAAAUCCUCAACCUGAUUGGACUAUUGAUCUCCCAAACCAGAAAGAUACAUUUGAAAGUGCAGAUGUCAAUGUAAUCAAGUUAUAUGCAGAGAAGAAUCAUAUAUUUGUGGGCUGUGGUGAUAAUAAUAUAUAUGUCUAUGAUUUGAAUUAUGGAAAGUUAUUAAAGACUCUUACAAAUCAUACAGACUACAUUCAUUGUAUAUCAAACAUAGGCUCUGAUUUCAUUUCUGGCGCUGAGGAUGGUGUUGUAAACAUAUGGGAUACUAAAACCUAUAAGGUAGCACACUCAAUAGAGCCCCACAAAAAUGAUAAAGUAGCAAGACCAGAAUUAGGAAAAUGGAUUGGAUCUGUCAGUGCCAAUGAAGAUUAUGUGUUAUGUGGAGGUGGUCCUAGGUUGUCAUUGUGGCACUACCGUUUUUUAUCAAACUCAACUGUCUUUCCAAUAGAUGACAGAGGUAUUCAUGUGGCUGAUAUUCACAAGGAAAAAAUUCUAGCUGGCGGAAGAUCCAAGCUUUUCAUUCAAAUGUCUUUUGGGGGAGAAAUAGUUGCUGAAAUACCUGUAUCGUCAGUUACUAUAUAUAGCGCAGUAUAUCAAGAAGAACCUUCCAAAAUAUUGUGUUUGGCCGGUUCAAGUCCAAAGAUUGAUUUGUGUAGUAAUUUUAUGUAUAAGAACCAACAGUUAUCUAUGUAUUGAAUACAUUUAAAUAAAAAAGUUU